CAGAGAGCUUAAUAUUUCUCUUGCACCGGAAGCGGCAUUCUAAGCCAGGAAGAAAAAUAUUCAUACGAGUUAAUAAUAAACAAAAAAGCUAAGUGUAAAGCUGUUUAUUGCAAAGAUGAUUAUAUACGCUACUUGCAUAUACAUUUAAAUUGAGAGUAUGAAAGCCAGGUUAAAUUAAAAUAUCUGUGAAAUAUCGAAUGUCAGAAGCUGGUAUGAGGUUGUGAAAAGUUCAUAGAAGCAAAAUAAAAUGGAAAGCAGAUCAGAAUUUGGGAUUUGUUCAUUAGAUGACAGUCUUAUUUGCAUAGAAUCUGAUUUUGAAAGAAACAGCCAAGUCUUAGACUCAUUGGAAGAUACACUAGAGGGACAAAACAGCAGUGAGAGAUUAAUAGUUGAACAUAGCGAUGAAAAUACUAGACAAAUGUAUGCUAAUGAGAGUUUGACACCAGUCUGUGAUAUUACUGAUGAGGAAGACAAAAUAACGCCACCAGUGGAACACAGGAAAAACAAUCUAGUAAACUACAGUACCACUCCACGAUUUCUUCUAAAAUACUGUCAGUUUAUUGAAAAACACCUAUGUAUUUCAUUUGCUGCCACACUGGGAUUGCAUACAUCAAUCGUGUUGACAACUAUACUACUAAUAGUCAAAAGUUACAACAUAUUUCCCAUAAGUUUUCAAGAUUUGCCAUUGGUUCUUUAUAAUGAUACCUCGCAUACACAAGAUCUGGCAUGGCGGUAUGCAAUGCAGUACAAAAAUAGAGUCAUACAUCCCAUUUUUGGUCUUAAGCCUCGAAAACAGCUUUCAGAAACACUCGAACUUAUAUUUGAAGGGGGCGAUAUUUUCUCGGAGAUAAAUAUGAAGUUACUUAAUGAAACAGAAUCAAAAUUGUUCUAUAGACAAGACUAUCAAGCCAAGUUUUGCUAUCCAAGUAUUCAAAAUGAUUGCGAGAAACCCAUAUCAGUCCUCCGGCUCUUUGACGGCACAUAUACAGAUGUUGACCGAGUCUUCAAUUCAGGAUCAUUCAAAAACGCAUCAAGUAUCAUAUGUAAAGCCGUCAAGAAUAAUAAAACAAGAGUUUUUCUCCUACCACUUUUGGAAAAGGACUAUGAUCCUUGUGAUGCAAACAAGAGAUCGUCAAAAACACGAUUGUUUAUGUUAUUUAGUUGGAAAUCGAAGGAACAUUAUAAUGAAAAUACAUAUCGCGAAUAUCUAAGUUUAAAAAUACAAAAAGAGGUUAAAAGACUCCAAGACGAAGUAUUAGACGCACAUAUGUCAGUGUUUUAUUAUAGCAUUAAGAUGUAUCUUUAUGACGUUUAUCGUGAAGCAUUCAGAAAUAUGAAAUUAGCAAUAGGAAGUUUUUUGUUUAUUUUCAUGUUUAUGUGGUUCCAGACCAAGUCAUUUUGGAUAACAUUCUUUGGAAUACUGAGUAUUUUCACGAGUUUUCUCUUAACAAAUCUUAUUUAUAGGUUUGUUCUUCAAUAUAGAUAUUUCGGAUUUUUUCAUAUUAUUUCUGUUUUCAUCAUUCUUGGAAUUGGUGCGGAUGAUAUCUUUAUAUUCUACGACACUUGGAUACUAUCAAAACAUACCAGAUAUCCAUCAAAAGCUCACCGUCUUGCAGAUUGUUAUUUGAAAGCAGCAAAAACGACAUUUGUGACAUCGCUUACAACAAUGGCAGCAUUUCUAGUGAGUGCGCCCUCUCCGUUACUACCCGUUGCUUCCUUCGGAAUCUUUACUGGAAUGCUAGUCGGUGUUAACUUUUUAUUUGACCUCACAUGCUUUCCAAUCGUAAUUUUGUUUCAUUCUGAGGUAAUAACGCCAUGCUUUGUUAGACUGAUUCCAUGUUCAAGGAAGACAUUGUCGGUAAGGACAGAAAGUCAUGAUAGAUUAAUCACAUCACUACAAAACAGAACAUCUAGUGAUAAUAAUGAUUGCUCCCGAGAUGUGACUUAUCACCAGCUACAGCUCCAAGAUGAAGUGAACGAGGAAAAUGAAACAAAAAUUGACACAGCAGAACAUUCUAAAAAAAGGAAUAAAGUAGUUUGGUUUUUGGAGAAUAAAUUCUACAAUUUUAUGAUUUGGAAACCAGUAAGAAUAGUAAUACCUCUAACUUUCCUAAUAAUUACUGCAUUUUUUACAUACAGUGCUACAACUUUAGAAGCUGACAGUUCUCAGGUUAAAAUUUACAGAGAAUCUAACAACUAUGCAAAAGCUAUAGAGCGCCAUUUCUCUUGGUUUCAACAGAACUAUGAUAACAGUUACAACAGACUUCAUCUUACAUGGGGCAUGAAGCCACAAAACAUGCAAUCGUGUGACUGGAAGUCAGGUGACUCUUGUAAAGGACAGUCUGAAAUCGAUGGACAUUUUGAUAUGUCGUCAUCUGAAGCACAAAUCUCACUCAUGAACUUGUGCCGACUAUUAGAAAAUUUUACAGAUGAAGAAAUAACAUCCUACGGAAUAAAAAGAAACCCAGUGACGAACAAACCAGAAAUAGCAUGUUUUAUUUCGGCCUUGCAUAAAUUUAUACAGAAUACUGGUUACCUGGAAAAUAUUCCAUUUCCGUUUACAAAUGAAUCUGUUGUUCCGUUUAUGAGAAGAAAUUUUCAUAUAUACAACAUAUCAAGUGUACCGGCAAACUUUAACAGAUAUUUUGAGAUUCUUGUAUCUUAUUGGCUUAGUAAUGGAUAUACACACAUUCCAACUGAAGACUUCUUGACAUAUCAUCGUCUUAUUGGUGAGACAACAAUACCAGGAGUAACUCAACAUUUCAACAGAUCGUCUUUUAUUGGAACGUAUGGAACAAGACUGAGAGUAAUUGCAAUAGAAAUAAACACAACAUUUACUUUUCAAAACAUUGGAUAUCGUGAAGGCAAACCAAUAUAUCAUUUGUGGGAAAAGUUUAUACAGCAGGAGGUAUCAAAGAUGCCAAGUUCUAUGAAAAGUGGCUUCCAAUCUACUUAUGAAUCGUGGCACUGGAUAAAACUUCAAGAGACUCUUGUGAAAUCUGCAGUCAGAGGUGUUGUCAUUGGAAUAUCAUUAGCAUUUCCAAUUCUAACGCUCACAACAUUGAAUGUGGUGAUUGGCUUUCUUGCUACUAUUUGCAUCACUAUGAUUACCGUGGUUGUGGUUGGUUUAAUCCCUCUGAUUGGAUGGAAACUAGGGGUAUUGGAAUCUAUCAAUCUGAGUUUAAUCGUUGGACUGUCGGUUGACUAUGUGGUGCAUUUUGCAGAGGCAUACAGAACCUCUCCAUUUACCCACCGUAAAGACCGCGUAAAGAGCAUGUUAGAAGGCAUGGGACUGUCUGUAUUAUCAGGGGCGAUAACAACCUUUGGUGCUGCUGUUUUUAUGCUGUUUGCUGAAAUUCAAUUUUCAUAUCAGUUUGGAAUAUUUGUGAUGUGCACAAUCGGAACAUCUUUUCUGUUUUCAUUUCUGUUAUUUCCUGCAUUUAUGGCAUCAUUUGGACCCGAAGGAGAUAGUGGGUCAAUUCCAGCAAUUGUUAAAGCGAUUAAAUUGAGGUAUCAUAGGAAACAGGAAUAUAUGAGAGUUAAUUGCGAUGAAACGUACGAUUCAGACAUUGAACUAUUGAGUUAGUUGCGAUGAAACGUACGAUUCAGACAUUGAACUAUUGAGUUAGUUGCGAUGAUACGUACGAUUAAGACAUUUAACUAUUGAGUUGAUUACGAUGAUACGUACGAUUCCGGUAUUGAACUUUUUUUGAGAUUAUUGCGAUGAUAAGUACGAUUCAGACAUAAGUGCGAUUUAGACAUUGAACUAUUGAGAUUAUUGCGAUGAUAUGUACCUUUCAGACAUUGAACUAUUGAGAUUAUUGGGAUGAUAUGUGCGAUUCAGAUAUUGACUUAUUGGAAUUAUUGCGAUGAUACGUACGAUUGUUGAGAUUAUUGUGAUGAUAAUUGCGAUUCAGACAUUGAACCAUUAGAAUUAUUGUAUCAAUACGUAUGAUUCAAAUAUUGAACUAAUGGAAUUAUUGUGAUGAUAUAUGCGAUUCAGAUAUUGAACUAUCGAGAUUAUUGCGAUGAUAUGUACUAUUCAGACAUUGAACUAUUGAGAUUAUUGUGAUGAUAUGUGCGAUUCAGAUAUUGACCUAUUGGAAUUAUUGCGAUGAUACGUUCGAUUGUUCAGAUUAUUGUGAUGAUAAUUGCGAUUCAGACAUUGAACCAUUAGAAUUAUGGUAUCGAUACGUAUGAUUCAUAUAUUGAACUAAUGGAAUUAUAGUGAUGAUAUAUGCGAUUCAGAUAUUGAACAAUUGAGAUUAUUGCGGUGAUACGUACGAUUUAGACAUUUUCUUAUUCAAUUUAGACAUUAGCUUAUUCAUAAAUUGUAGGGCUUGUAUUUCCUAUCAUAACUUCCUUAAUAGAGGGUUGCUGCUCACAAGAAAGCUAUUAAACCAAGAGUUUCAAGUGGUGAAGUUGAAAUCAUCCCUUCGUAAAUUUUACGGACGCCAUCACGAGUUGGUUGACCGUUAUGGAGUAUCCGUUUCACAGAUGACAACGUGUAUGUUCCAAUUGUCGUAACUACAAUCCCGUCCCCUUUUCCCCGAAUGUGACCUAGCGAACUAGAUUUAUCACCGGGUUUGUACAACAUGAGCAACACGACGGGCGCCACAUGUGGAGCAGGAUCUGCUUACCCUUGAAUUUGUUUGUUUGUCUUUUUUUUUUAGCCAUGGCAUUGUCAGUUUAUUUUCGACUUGUGAGUUUGAAUGUCACUUUGCAUGUUUGGUAUCCGUCGCCUCUUUUGUAUAAGAACAUAAUUUAUCAGUUUGUUUUGUUAUAAUGAUGUCUUGUUAUUAUUUUUGAUGAAUAUGAUUAUAAAGAUGAGUUUUGUCUGAAUAGUGAGGACCGAUAAUGUUUUAAGCGCUAAUCAUAGAAAUAUUUUCAUCUGGGGUCUACAGCAGGUCAAAGACUGGUAUGCGGUUGUCUCUCCGUUUGGGAUGAAACAUUUUGCACACUUACUCGAGUUUGCCAUUACCGAUUUACCAGAAACUUUUUAAUCCUUUGAAAUGGUUAUACGAGAAUCUGAUUACCUUCAGACGAUUUUCUCAUUUGUAAUUUGAGAGAUUUAUGACUUUAUCCAGUGAAAUAAAUGUUUUAUAAACGCAAACUUGUCAAUACAAUAUUUGGUUUAUACAAAAGUAUACAAACAAUAAAAAACAUUUAUUUAAAUAAAGGGGAUUAAAUUUGUUUUUUUUUCUUUUCGGUUUUGUCUAGACUAAUCUUUGUAUAAGAAAGAGAAAAACCGGGUCAUUAAGAAUAUAAUCAUACUUAAUAGAGGAUUUAAAUAUUUUCUUAUGUCUGACAAAAUUUACAUAACUAUAAGCUGCAAUUAAAAAAUUAAAUUGCUUGGAAAAUCCAUAGAUAAUAAACCUGAAAUGUUAAAUAACGGACAUGGUUAUUGCAGCUUACUUUAAUUCACAGGAAAAAAGUAUUAACAAAAAUACCGAACACUAAGGUAAAAUCAAAAAGGGGAAGUCCAUAAUAUUGAAAAUCAAAGUACUGAAGUACUGAACAUCGGAUGACCGCAGGUUCUUGUGGAUGGUCAAAAGCACAUGUCACAGAAACAGAUCACAUCUCUAUACCUGAAACUGAGGUUAAUUUACAGAGAUUUUUUUUUCUUAUACAAGUUCGUGCUUGGAUGAUGAAUAAAUGACAGGAAAUUCAACCUCACCGUAAUAACUAUUAUAUUGUAGUGAUACAAAUCAGUAUACCUUAGACUAUUAUACUAAUAUAAUAAUAGUUCCAGAGAAUACACUGGUUUGUUGUUAUAUAUUAUAUUAAUAUUACGGUUGCAUGUAUAUAUAAUUUUCAUCUAUUUGUAUAUCAUACUAUUCUACUAUUAUUAUAGUGUAAUGCAAGUGCAUGGUGGACACUCUUCUGUAAAAAAAAAGUCAAAGUCUUAAAGGCUGUAAAAGCAAUUGCUGCCAUGUUAAUGUUUUGUGGACUUUUAUUUUUCAUCCAUAUAUAUAAGAAUUAAACCUGACAGGACAGGAGUGUUGACUAGUGAGAAGCAAGACGGUUUUAACUUUAUAUCAAUAUAAGACUUUAGCAGGAAAUCAUUUUAAAUAUGUUUUAUAUUUUACAAGGAGACAACAAGUUUACCAGGCUAAAGUUGGGGUUAAUUAUACAUGUGCUGAAACAUAUAACUGAAAAAAAAAAUCAUUAUGGAUUAGCCCCUGGUAGUGUUUGUAACUGGGCAAUAAUUUCCUUUAUUGAUUUAAUUUUAACCAUUUUCAUAAUUAAUUUAAAUUAACCAUUCAGUUAAAACAUUUCAACUUUCCAGACGCAAAUGUUGAAAAACGGGACAGAAAUAAAAUAUCUUACAAGACAUAAACAUGUAAAAAAUAAAUAUAUAUUUCAGCUUACUAAAAAUAUUUUCAUAAUGUUACUUUGACAUCAUUUCUUAAAACUAAGUCCCAAACAUAAUUGCUCAGUUGACAUGUGUCAUCCUCAUGCGAUACGAGAUAACUAUAAUUCUGAUGCAAUCCCGAAAAGGGGGGUCAUCACAAACAAACAUGACAUUAAAUUGUCAUUAUACGAACUAGAACAAACAGCUCUAUGUUGCUUUGAUAUUUAUCAAUUUUCAGGAAACAUGUGAAAUAAAUUUCAGGUCCAUUUCAUUAUAGUGCCUAACAAGAUUGUGUGAGGUAGACGAAAUUGACCUUAAAACGAUCGUAUUGUCUUUUGAUGUCCAAAAAUAGGCAGAUCGGACAUAUAAGGACUUUAUCUAAUGACUACAUAAAUUUGGGAUUUAUUAUUAUUAUAAUAUUCUAAUGAAACUGAAAAUUGUAUUUUUUUUUAGGAUAAACAACAAUUUUACCUGGCGUAGCCGUUCAUAAAUGUUUUUCUGCAUUUAUCUUCGAAAAAUGGCGUAUUUAAUGGAAUAGAACGUUAAUACAGUAAACUUUCUCUUUUUUCUCCGCAAUAGGCUAUCAAAAAUAAUUUAUCUAAUGUGUAUGUGGAAAAUUAUGUGAAAAGAUAAAAAGUGGCAAUUGUUACCUUUCAUACCUUAAGUUUCGUUCAUCUGAUUCUGACCAAUGCUUAUAUACUAAAUAUCUAUUUAUAUGCCGCUAUUAUUGUUGUUGUUACCAAUUAUGUAAAUCAAUUGUAUCUGAUUUUAUGCCCUUUAUGGGCCCUGUAAUUUGGGAAAUAAAAAAAAAUCUAUUCAUUGAUAAAA